AUGAAAAAAAAUCGGGCCUUUUCGAAGAGGUUCAACAUGGCAGGAGAUCAGGCGCAAUUUUACCAGUUACUAAAUACUUUAUUAUCAACCGAUAACGACAUAAGAUCCCAAGCCGAAGAGGCAUACAAUAAUAUACCAACUGAAACAAAAGUAGUACACUUAGUGGGAGCUAUCCAAAAUGGUGAUGUUGGUGAAGAAGGACGUCAAACAGCAGCUGUGCUGCUCAGAAGAUUGCUCAGUGCAGAGUUCUUCGAAUUCUUCCCAAAACUACCGUUUGAGCAGCAGUCAGUCCUCAGAGAACAACUACUCCUUACACUGCAGAUGGACGUCAGUCAACAACUCCGCCGCAAGAUCUGUGACGUCGUAUCAGAAUUGGCCAGAAACCACAUAGAUGAUGAUGGUGUUAACCAAUGGCCAGAGUUUCUACAGUUCAUGUUUAACUGUGCUGGUGCCCAAGAUCCCAACAUCCAAGAGGCUGGCAUCAGGAUGUUCACGUCAGUGCCUGGUGUGUUUGGGCACCGUCAGAAUGAAAACCUUCCUGUGAUCAAGCGCAUGUUGCUGACUGCUCUUCAGUCCACAUCGGAACCUCUCCGCAUUCAAGCUGUGAAGGCAGUUGGCGCAUUCAUAUUACUCCACGACAAGGAGCCUGCCAUACACAAACAUUUUAGUGAUAUACUGAUCCCUCUCAUGCAGGUUAUAGUUCAGUCCAUUGAGAAGAGUGAUGAUGACGCUGCUUUGAAAGUUCUUAUUGAACUAGCUGAAUCAGCCCCAAAAUUCCUGCGCCCGCAACUAGAGCCUAUCUUCCAAGUGUGCAUCAAGGUGGUUGGUGACAUGGAUGCAGAAGAUAACUGGCGCCAAUUAGCUUUGGAGGCAAUGGUGACCCUUUGCGAGACAGCUCCUGCCAUGGUACGAAAGCAGGUGCCCAAUGGAGUGAGCUUGCUGACGCCGCUCGUACUCGAGAUGAUGUGCGAGCUAGAGGACGAACCCGACUGGUCAAUGCAAGACGACGCAGCCGAGGACGACAACGAACAAAAUUAUGUAGCUGCUGAGUCAGCUCUGGACCGCAUGUGCUGUGGACUUGGUGGAAAGAUUAUGCUGAACCUAAUCGUAGGGCGGGUCCCUGAAAUGUUGCACCACGAGGACUGGCGCCGUCGCCAUGCUGCGCUCAUGGCUGUGUCUUCUGCUGGCGAGGGCUGCCACAAGCAAAUGGAACAGAUGCUGGACCAAGUAGUCUCUGCUGUUCUCAACUAUCUCACUGACCCUCACCCUCGUGUGCGUUACGCUGCUUGUAAUGCUGUGGGUCAAAUGUCGACUGACUUCGCUCCUGUAUUCGAAAAGAAGUUCCAUGACAAAGUAGUGCCUGGCCUCUUGAUGGUGCUGGAUGACAAUGCUAACCCCCGCGUGCAGGCUCAUGCGGCUGCUGCUUUAGUAAACUUCAGUGAAGAUUGUCCCAAGCCAAUUCUUACUCAGUAUCUUGACCCCUUGAUGAGCAAACUUGAAGUAAUUUUGACCACUAAAUUCAAAGAGUUGGUGGAACGUGGCACAAAACUCGUGCUUGAACAAAUAGUAACAACAAUCGCGUCCGUCGCCGACACUGUGGAGAAAGACUUUGUUAUAUACUACGACCGGCUGAUGCCUUGCCUCAAGUACAUCAUUGCUAAUGCUACCACCGACGAGCUCAAGAUGCUCCGCGGCAAAACUAUUGAGUGUGUCAGUCUUAUUGGUUUGGCUGUUGGUGAGGAGAAGUUCACGUCAGAUGCCUCUGAAGUGAUGGAUCUGUUGUUGAAGACGCACACUGAAGGUGAACAGUUGCCUGCCGACGAUCCGCAGACAUCUUACCUUAUCUCUGCCUGGUCUCGUAUCUGCAGAAUUAUGGGGAAGAAGUUUGCACAAUAUCUGCCCAUGGUGAUGGAGCCGGUAAUGCGCACCGCCGCCAUGAAGCCCGAGGUAGCAUUGCUCGACAACGAUGACUUGGAAACCAUCGAAGGAGAUCUCGACUGGCACUUCGUCACACUCGGCGAGCAACAAAACUUUGGCAUUAAGACUGCGGGUCUGGAAGACAAGGCUUCAGCUUGUGACAUGCUUGUGUGCUACGCUCGCGAGCUCAAGGAAGAGUUUGCAGAAUAUGCAGAGGAUGUAGUGAAGCUAAUGGUGCCCAUGUUAAAGUUCUACUUCCACGACAACGUGCGCACGGCCGCCGCGGAGUCGCUGCCCUACCUGCUGGAGUGCGCGCGCAUCCGCGGGCCCCAGUACAUUCAGGGCAUGUGGGCAUACAUUCUGCCAGAGUUGCUCAAGGCUAUCGACUCAGAGCCUGAACAGGAAGUCCAGGUGGAACUUCUCAACAGCCUCGCAAAAUGCAUAGAACUAUUGGGUGGUGGUUGUCUCCCAGACGAAAUGAUGGCGGAAGUACUGCGUAUAUUAAACAAAUUGCUCACCGAACAUUUUGAACGUGCCACUGAGCGUCGUCAAAAACGCGCUGACGAAGAUUACGAUGAAGUAGUGGAAGAGCAGUUAGCCGACGAGGAUAACGAGGACGUGUACGGUCUGUCCCGCGUGGCGGACGUGCUGCACGCGCUGAUGUCUGCGUACCGCGAGAGCUUCUUCCCGCACCUCGACAGUCUGCUCCCACACCUCGUGCAGCUGCUCGCCCCCGGCCGCCCCUACUCUGAUCGCCAAUGGGCUAUAUGUAUUUUUGACGAUGUUAUCGAAUUCGGAGGUCCUGCAUGCAUAAAGUACCAAGACAUCUUCCUGGAGCCGAUGCUGAGCGGGUUGCGCUCGGCCGAGGCGGAGGUGCGGCAGGCGGCGGCGUACGGGUGCGGAGUGCUGGCGCAGUUCGGAGGCGCGGCCUUCGCCGGCGCCGCCGCGCGCGCCGUGCCGCUGCUGGCCGCGCUCAUCGCAGAACCUGAUGCACGUGCACUAGAAAACCUUAACGCUACCGAAAACGCUAUAUCCGCUGUUGCAAAAAUCAUCAAGUAUAACCACUCUCAGAUUGACAGGGAUGAAAUCAUUAGGCACUGGCUAACAUGGCUGCCAGUGACAGAAGACACAGAGGAAGCACCACACGUAUACUCCCUGCUGUGUGAACUCGCGGCGAGUGGUCAUGCGGCGCUGGCAUCUCCUGAUGCACCUAAGCAUGUGAUCGCCACACUCGCAGAAGCAUUCUUGAGGGACGCUGUGCCUACUGACAACCCAGUUUAUGCGCAGAUGGUUGCUCUCGUUAGGCAAAUACAGAGCAAUGCAGAAUUAUUUAACGCCGUACUGAUGCAGCUGAGCAGUGAGCAUAAGGAAGCCCUGCAGCUGGCCCUGUCCACGUAG